AUGACCGGACCACUGUGUUCCGCCAGACGAGUCUCGUCUCGUCUCAUCUCCUUACGCCGCCUAUAUUCCCCUGCCCCUGCCCCUGCCCCUGCCUCUACUUCCCCCCCCUUGAGCGUGCCGCCUAGCUUCUUCAAAUACACUUGGGGCUCGUGGUUACAAAACGAUACGGUCCACAAGAAAAAACGUCAAACUCGAUUCUCACUACAAGGUCUUAAUACUGUGUUGAAUCAAAUGCUGUUGUCCAAGGAGACCAGUCCCAAUGCCUUUCCGGUCUACGAUUCCACACACCAUUUCUCCACUCUUCCCAGUAAUACUGCCCAACUAAACACAUCCUCUCUGCCUAUCCAUCCAACAACUCUCACCAGUAUUCACGAGGGCAGACGCCACCGGAUUUAUCGCGUCGAUACCUCGUUGGGCAAGUCGUUUGUCUUGCGUAUCCCUUAUCCGAAAGAUGAUCCGCGCUAUGUGGCUCAGCGGCUACACAGUGAGGUUGCCACUAUGGAUUUCGUACAGCAUAACUUCUCGUCUAUCCGCAUCCCCAAAAUAUAUGCGUUUGCCCCUGAAUCCAAUAAUCCAAUAGAACAGCCUUUCAUAUUACAAGAUUAUAUAGAUGGCCAAUUACUGAUGAAAGAUUGGAAUCCCCUUUGUAAUGAUGGGGCAGAGGAGUUGCAGAAAGUGUUGUCUAUAGUGAUGGAUUUCCAAUCCGAACUUCAUUCCUUGACUUUCAAUUCGUUUGGUUCGUUGUAUUUCAAUUAUCAAGAGUCUGGUUUCAACCAGAGCACCACGAAAUCGAUCGUAUCUGAUGGCAGCAAGAAUAAUAAACUUGACGAUUCUCGUUGGAAAAUAAGUUCCAGCAUGGAGAGACCUUAUUGGAAGGGCAAGACGUUUGCCUCCAACAGGAAGUACAUCGGUCCGUGGCCACUGUCACAUCCUUGGGCCAUGGCCAAAGAUUUCGCAGAGUUGGAGGCUCGCCAAUCCUCUUUAUCGCUACAAUCCCAGACUCAAGACUCGACUCUCUCCACGACACUACGCAACCAAAUCUCGACGUUCCAAAACCUCGCUCUCUUGAUCCCCAUUCUUGACAGAAUCACGUGCUCUUCUUCAAUCCCCAAUCGUGAUCAACUUCUUAAACCAAGACUUGUCCAUCCAGAUCUAGACCCAAUGAACAUUCUAAUCUCCCCCACAGACAAGACUCCAGUACUGCUGGAUUUUGAAGGAUCCUCUCUGAAACCUCUUCUUCUAACCACCCAGCCUCAAUUUAUCCAAUACGACGGCCCAAAGAUUUACACGCCGCCGGAACCCACCCCUGACAUUUCCGCCGAUUCGCCGCAAUUCGAACAAUUGCAAUUCAUGUACAAGAGAUCUCGUAACCAACAACUCUGGGAAUCCUUGAUUUUCCAAAAAAAUCCAGAGUGGAUUCAAUCCAUUUCUCCUCUCGUCAAACUGUUGAGAAGUCCCUACACUGCCGCUUUACAAAGAAAAUCAAACUCGGAAUACUUGCUCAUCCAGGAUUCCAUAAUACAAUUGAAAUCCUUAUGGAAUUCCAUCUCACAACCCGAUCUCCGCUUCCCCUUGCAGAUCUCACAAGACGAUAUUCUCAACCAUAACGAAUUGAUGAACGACUUCCAUAGACAUCUGCUAGAUUCUCCCUUUGAGGCCACAAAGGGUUGGAUCCCACAGGAUUUGUUUAACGCCAUGCUUGAGAAAGGAGAGAUUGAAGAACUUUCCAACGGCGAUUACGCAAUGGCCAAGAAGAUAGAUAAAUAA